AUGGCGCCGGCUGACGAGUCUACACUGCUUAUGGGCAUUAAAUCGGUGCCUUCCGAAGACUAUUAUGUCGGAGAGAAGGAACCGGAGAGCAAAGCUUCGAUUCACAUGGCUAAUGAAGAUGUCAAUGUCAAAGCUGAGAAGAUAUCGAAAGACGCGGAGGCUUUCGAGACUGGAGUAGAUUACGAUGAUUUGGAGUCAACGAGGGAGUGGAGCACAGGGCUUUGCUCGUGCAUUCCAGGAUACAACAGCGAGUACGCUCGCUCGGAUUGCGAAAUCUGCUGCCUGGGCUGGUUAGCGCCAUGCGUGCUAUAUGGUAGCAACAUGGUUCGCCUAAGUGGUAACCAGAGCGAGUUCUGCAACGACUGCUGCUGUUACGCAUCCCUGCUUAUCCUUGGGGGUGUCUUCCUCCGAUGCAACGUGCUCGCGCCAAUCAAAUCAUGGUCCAGUCGAUCCGCUAUUCGCACACGAUUCGGCCUUCAGAGCGGAGCUGAAAGAGUGACAAGCGACCCAUCAGACGGCUGUCAUCGGUGCUGUGACUGUUUUCUGCAUUUCAUCUGUCACCGAUGCGCUCUAUGCCAGGAGGCGAGGGAGAUAAGAAGGCGUUUUCCGCUUGCGCGGGAUUUCCCGUCAACAUUUUUCACCUUCCGCCGAGCAGGGAAGGAACGUAUCGCACACGGCACGGACGGCUUGCGGGACACUUGUCAGUUCUGCAACCCGAGCCUGCUGGCAUGCCGUGCAGCAACGUAUGGUAGCUGCAUAGGUCCGAAAGAAAGAACAUCAGGAAUCAUUUUAACGCGGAUGGCGACGACUGCUGCGUCUCCCCUUCUCGAGGAUGAUAGCUGCUACUAUGUUGGAGAGAAGGAGCCUGGGAAGAAAGAUUCCCUUACUGUGGCUGAAGUUCCUGCGUCUGAGAAACUGCCGAUUCUUUCUCAAAAUGAAGCGACCGAGGUUUCGGAGCCAAUGAGAGAGUGGAGCACAGGGAUUUUCUCCUGCGUUCCAGGCUCGGAUGAGCACACGAGCUCCGACUGCGAAAUUUGCUGUCUCGGGAUGUUCGCACCGUGCGUGCUGUACGGAAGCAACAUGACACGACUAACCGGCGACUCGAAUGAGUUCUACGAAAGCUGCAUGCGCUACACCGCCUUGUUCGUUCUUGGGAAGUGUUUGCUGCACUGCAACGCGCUCGCUCCAAUCUCGUCGUGGCCCAGUCGAUCCGCCAUCCGCUCGCAACUCCGACUCCAGAGCGGAGCUGAAGACAUCACAAGCGACCCUUCAGACGGUUGCCAUCGGACCUGCCCAGGAUCUGCUGCUGUUGACAGGGUGGCUGUCGUUGCUCCCAAGGUGCAAGCCAUGAACCACUGA